UUUCUAUUCUGGUGUUGUAUUGAACUGUAUUGUAACAACUGUGAAUUCUGAAACAGCUCCAUUGAGAUCGCAUUUCUGCCAUGGAGAAGUACCAUGUACUGGAGAUGAUUGGAGAAGGUUCCUUUGGACGUGUCUACAAAGGUCGAAAGAAGUACAGUGGUCAGGUGGUGGCGCUCAAAUUCAUUCCCAAAGUGGGCCGCUCCGAGAAAGAACUGCGCAGUCUGAGGAGGGAGAUCGAAAUCAUGAGGGGGCUCAGGCACCCUAACGUCGUGCUGCUGCUGGACAGCUUUGAGACGGACAGAGAGGUCGUUGUGGUGACAGAAUAUGCAGAAGGAGAACUGUUUCAGAUUCUGGAGGAUGAUGGGAGCUUACCUGAGGCUCAGGUCCGCGAGAUAGCCUGUCAGCUGGUCUCCGCUCUCUAUUACCUGCAUUCUCACAGGAUUCUUCAUCGUGACAUGAAACCACAGAACAUCCUGUUGGGCAAGGGCGGAGUUGUCAAGCUGUGCGAUUUUGGGUUUGCUCGGGCGAUGAGCGUUUCCACCCUGGUCCUCACCUCCAUCAAAGGCACCCCGCUGUACAUGUCGCCCGAGCUGGUGGAAGAGAAGCCCUACGACCACACGGCUGAUCUCUGGUCCCUGGGCUGCAUCCUGUACGAGCUCCACACUGGGGCCCCGCCGUUCUACACCAACUCCAUCUUCCAGCUGGUGCAGCUCAUUGUCCGGGAUCCGGUCAAGUGGCCGGAGAGCAUGAGCCCUGAUUGCACGAGCUUCCUGAAGGGCCUGUUGACCAAGGACCCCCAGAAAAGGCUGUCUUGGCCUCACCUGUUAAAGCACCCCUUUGUCUCUGAGGGAAUCUUAGUUCUCUCAGACGAAGAGACAGACAGUCCUCUCACCGUGUCCCUCAGCCCCGAUCUGCAGGCUCUAAAGCUACAGCAGGCUAAGGAGAAGGCAGCGCCCCAUUGUGGAGAACAGAGGUUACUGCGCAAGGCCAGGGAGCAGCAGGAACGAGAAAAAAACAAGGAGGACCUGACAGUCAGGGCUCAAGGGAAGAACACAGGUGGAGGUGAUUUUGAUAAGGCACACAUGGAGCCAGCCCUGGUGGGUCCUAAACCAUCCAACAGCAAUCCCACGCUUCCUGCUGCCUGCCCAUCAGAUGAGCGUGCGGCCCAGCCACCCGCCCAAGGGCAGGGGCAGAUCAGCAGGGACUACGCACGGGAGUUCCCUUCAGUGGAAGUGGGUCCGAGGCAGGUCACUAGACGUGAGAAGGGACUCCGGAGCAGCUUGGGGGCGGUCAGGCUGGAAAACGAGGAAGUGGAGAGUGACGAAGAGUGGCAGCGAUUGGUGGAGACCACACAGCCAGGAAGCCAGGCCCCCCUGCCUUCUCCAGUAUCCUUCGUGCCCCGUCUGAAACAAAGGCUCCUGAGCUCCAGAGCCCAGAUACUGGACGGGAUGCUGGAGGGGGCGUGUCGGAUCCGUCAGCCGCUGAGGGUCCUGUGGAACCUGCUGACCGUUAACUCUGAUCCCGGGCUGUGCAGCACCGUGGCCGAAGAAAUUGAACUGCCUCACUUCCUGCUUGAUCUUAUUGCGGAUCUGCUGGGGAAUGAACAGGUGAAGCAGCAGCCAUGGUGUGCUGCAGUGCUGGGAGACCUGAUGACAGCAUUGGGUGUGUGCUGGGAGAAACACUUCAACUGGGAUACAGAAGGAGAGAGGAUGGGGGAGGCUGCUGGGCUCUUGGUUGCUGUCCUACAUUCUGCUUGCCUUGCUCCUUUGACGUCCCUCGCUGCCUCCCUGCUCACUCUGCUGUCCCAUCACGGUGUUCCUGUGGAGCUGAGAACUGACCAGUUCAUGGCCGCGAUGGAGAAAACGUUAUCGUCUCCAGUAGAGCUGAGUGUGCCUGCGCUUCCUGGCUGGGGUCUGUAUGAUGGGCUCCUCACCCUGUUGUACCGGACUGUCUCUGAGGAUGGAAGUUCCUCAGUCUCUCAGUUUCUGGAUUCUGCUCUGUGGCGCCACCUGUGGUUAAGAGUUAAUCUUGCACUAGAGGAGACUACCCCUCACCUGAAUUGUUUCUCACUCACCGGUCUGCAGGUCUUUCUGUCCCUCGCUCAGUUUGUCUUCACCAGGGAGCCGUACAAAUGUGUUCCCCUGUUAGCCAAUAGCAACACAGACAGUGUGCUAACCACCCUUGCCCACCUCCUUACUGCUGAUUGUGCUUUAAUCAAGGAGAGGUCGGGAGAGGAGAACGGCGCCUCUGGUCCGAGCUAUUCCACAUCUGGUGCAAACAGCGUGUCGGUGAUGACCUGUCACCUGCUGUGUUUCCCCUUCGCUCUUGACAUCCCUGACCAGGCUGUGGAGGAAAUCCUGCAGUCCUAUCAGCGCUGCGACAUCGUCCCUCGCCUGCUGCAGCUCUCUCUGGCGCUCCCCCUCACUCUCCUGGAGCUCCCACUCUCCUUGCUGUGCCGCCUCCUGCUCAGCGACCCCCAGCAAUCCCUCCCGCGGUUUAUAGCGGCGGCCGAGGCCUGGGGCUUUUUCUUCCCCUCCGCGGAAGCAGAGCGCAACGGCGACGGCCAGCCUCCCAGGGGUGAACCCGCUGGCAGCGAGGGGGGCGGGGCCGGAGAGGGUGAUGUCAGAGGCACCGGCCAAUCAGAGCACCGGACCGCCAGCUCCCUGCUGGCCUUUUUCCUCCAAUCAGAAGGCCUGUCAGGAUCAGCCGUGGAGUUGCUGUCCCUCAUCUCCCAGGCUGCCCGCUGCUCCCUCCACCCUCCUCUACCCGUGUUGUAUGUCAGGCCCUCCCUCCUCAGAACAGCUAUGGACCACCCGGACGACCGGGUGAGAGCCGCCACCUGCAGCCUUCUGGGAAAUAUCAGCCCGCUGGAUGCCCGCGCCCCAUCUGGUCAGCUGUUACCCCUGCUCUUCCAGAGCCUGAUUGAGAAGCUCCAGGACCCCUCCAUACAAGUCCGGCGAUCCGCUUGCAGGGCCGUAGGGAAUUGGGUGGGGCUCGUCGGCCAGGCCGAGUCACACAUGGAGAAUGAGAAGCCCAGGCUGCAUGGAGCCAAGCCCAGCAUGGGCACCGGCCCGAUGAAAGAAGGCCGGCACUUGUUCACAAGGACAGAGCGUGAAGCAGGGAAAAGGAAGGGGGAUGUGAGUAAGACAGCUAAAGGACCGGGCGGUGGCAAACCAGCCAGAGGUUUUCCUUCCAAGGACGGCACGACCGGGACUGCCGCCUGGGCGGAGCUUGCCCGGGGGGGGGUCAAAGCGCUGCUGCUGCUCUCGUCCGAGCCAGACCCCGUUGUUCGCCGGCACUGCUGCGCGGCGUUGGGAAACCUCGCUGCGAUCGAGGGGGGCAGGGCUGCCCUGCUGCAGGGCGACGGGCCCCGCCUGCUCCUCCGGAUUGCCUGCACGGACUCCCAGCCGGCCGUGCAGCUAGCGGCCCUCACCGGCCUCCGCGCCUUCAGCCAGCACGACGCCCUGCGUCAGGCUCUAGUUUCUCUGGACGCUGGUGAGAAACUGCGGCGUGUUUCCCAGCAUGCACCCCACCAGCGCCACUGCCAUUGGCUCAUUACUAAGCUCUGCCCCUCAGUCAGCGCUUGAAAUGUGUAAGAAAUCUAAAGAAAGUCCAUAAAAAAAUGUAUCUGCUCAGGUUUCGGUAGUUCAAGCUCAAGAAACUUGAGGACAACUGAAUUCUCUUGUUCCAAAUGCUUAUAAAUUAUUAUUUAUUGGAUGUAUAUUAGAAAGAUUUGACAUAUUUUGUAAUCUUUUCAAACGUAGACUUUGUUACGACUUUAUUUGGAAUAAAGAUUUUUUUUACCCUAA